AUGGGAAUAUCUGGACUGCUGCCAUUGCUCUCUCCUGUGACGAGGAGGGUGCACAUCAGAGAGUAUGCCAACAAACGCGUGGGAAUCGAUGGCUACUGUUGGCUACACAAAGCAGUCUAUCCAUGCAGUCAAGAGCUCUGUCAAGGUAUACCAACUACAAAAUAUAUAUCAUAUUGCGUGUCAUUGUUGACAAUGUUGUGCAGUAACAAGGUGAUACCAGUGUUGGUGUUUGAUGGAGGACCAUUACCAAACAAGAAGGUGACAGAGGAUGAUAGAAGAUCAAAGAGAGACCAGAUGAGAGCAAAGGCUAAUGCAUAUUUGAUGGAGGGUAACCAUUAUGAAGCGAAUCGAUGCUUCCAAAAGGCUGUUGACGUCACACCUUUUAUGGCGUUCCAACUGAUCAAAGUACUGAGACAGAUGAACAUUGAGUACCUUGUGGCACCCUACGAAGCCGAUGCACAGUUGGCAUAUCUCGCCGUCUCUGGACAGAUCGAUGCUGUACUCACAGAGGAUUCUGAUCUCGUUGCAUAUGGCACACCCAAUAUGCUGUUCAAGAUGGAUAGAGAUGGAUAUUGUCAGGAGAUCAAGACAGAGGACAUUGGAACUUGUGUUGGCAAGGACUACGAUCUUACUGACUUUACGUUGACAAUGCUGCGACACAUGUGUAUCCUCUCUGGCUGUGACUACCUCCCCUCUCUCACUGGUAUGGGCAUCAAGACAGCCUAUAAAUAUGUCAAGAGGCAUCGAGAUAUUGAGAAGAUAUUCAGAGCACUAAAGAGUGAGAAGGGAAUGCAAGAGGAAUAUAGAAUAUCAUUCUACAAGGCAGACUAUACGUUCAGACAUCAAUUGGUGUAUGAUCCAGUCAACAAGGAGAUUGUACACUUCUCACCAAUAGACAAAGAGAAGCUGGCAUCAAUGUUUGACACGACAGACUUCCUCGGAGAGUAUAUCGAGAGUGAGAUCGCCGAGAAGAUUGCAAUCGCCGUCGUUGAUCCACAGACAAAGCAACCAUUCGAUAACAGUGUCUCGUUCACAUUCACCUUUAAACCUCAGCCAAAGAAAGGUGGAUCCUAUUCAUCAGUCUCUGAAGCCAAUCAAAUCACGCAAUAUUUUAAUGUACAAAAGAAAGACAAACAACAACAACAACAAACACCUGUAAAAAGCAAGAACAAACCAGAUCCAUUCGAACUUGAGAGCGAUAUUGAGGAGGAGGCAUUGAACUCUUUGGACAAGAAUGAUGGAGACACUGACUCACGUAUGUACCAUCAUCCCAUCCAACCACCGUCCAGUCCCGCCCAGUCCAAUCCUGUCCUGUCCACCACCAAUCUAACGACCAUGGUUAUUACAACCUUUACUGCCACUACAGCGCCAACCAAGACAAUGACAAGCAAAUUCUUAUCAAAUGUCCAAUUGGAGGACAGCUUUGACUUUGAUUUCGAUGAGCUCGAGGAAAUGGACGAUGGAGGCAAUGGAACAACGUCAUCUCCUAUUAUGUCAUCAGCAGUGGCGACAACAUCAACAUCAUCAACGACAACGACAUCUAUGCAAUCAUCAUCAUUUUUAUCUACAACAUCAACUACCUCCACGACCACUACCAACGCAAACAAGUCAUUCAAGAAGAAUACAUUGCUCACAGAGGACAGGCUCACACUCAACAUGUUUGAACAGUUUAUGUACGGCAAGAAGAAGGAGAGCACAGUGCUAAAGUCCACAGCAGUAGCGGCUGCAACAACUGUCAGCAAUAGGUCAUUCAAUGUCAAUAUCAAUGGCAACACUAGCAACAACAACAACAACAUCUUCAAUAAUGACAGUGGCGGCAUCAACAACAACAACACGAACAACACUCAGGACUAUGAGGAACCCAAUGAUGACACUGGAUCUGGAUCAUUCCAGGACAACAAGAGAAAGUCACUUUUGUUCUCUUCGACUUCAUCAACAUCAUUGACAUCAUCUCCACAGAUACAAUCAUUCACUUUCAAGCGCAAAGAAACAUUCUCCACGACCGACUCCCCAAAUGGAACAAAGAAAACGAAAUUCACUCCAUUGUCCACACCUUCGUCACCAGAUGGAUCUAGGACCGAUACUCAAGAGGACGACAGCUUCAUCUUUGCCAAACCCAAGAAAUCCAGUAGUUUGCCCUCAUUCAACUCGGACUCUAUCUUUGAGAGUGACAAUGAAGAAGUCGACAACAGCAACAUCAACAACAAUGAUGAUGAUAACCAAUCAUCAUUCUUUCAAUCAUCAAAGGUGGUGCGAUUGGGUAAUGACCUGAUAUCGACCAUCAACGACAACAACAACAUCAUCAACAAUAUCUCAUCAAUCAGCACCGCCACAGUCGCCACUGCUGCCACCAUGACGACACCCACACCACCCCGAGCCAACAACCAACUCACAACACCUACCCUUUUAAGCGACAGCAAGAUGUCAUUCAUGACACCCUCCAAGACACCCUCCAAGACCAGUCUACAAGAGGUGCCAUCCACCAGCGAACGUAAAUAUGUCAGCACGACUGACGAGAUCAUGGCCAAGUACUUCACAUCUCCGUCAAGGUCAGCAGCGGCUGCUGCAGCAGGCAGCACCAUUGGUAGAGAUACACCCGACACUGGCCUCUCAUCCUGGCGAGCCAGACUCUCGCACAAGUAUAGACAGUCCUUGGACAAAUAA